GUCAGGUCAAGAGGAAAGAAGCAUGGCCGCUGUGUUGAGAGGGUCUCGGUUCCUGGUGGGGAGCUGCUGCAAGCAUGUUGACUUUGCACUUGUCUCCAGAAGAUCUAUGGCGUCAAAGACACAGGUGGGCUUUGUUGGUCUUGGAAAUAUGGGAAACCCAAUGGCAAAAAACCUGCUGAAGCAUGGAUACCCAGUCAUUGCUACGGAUGUGUUUCCAGAGUCUUGCAAAGAUCUGCAAGAGCUGGGCGCUCAGAUUGUGGAUAAUCCUGCUGAGGUGGCGGACAAGGCUGACCGUAUUAUCACCAUGCUUCCCUCUAGCCCCAACGUCAUAGACGUAUACACUGGACCCAAUGGCAUUCUCAAGAAGGUAAAGAAAGGCUCCCUGCUUAUUGACUCCAGCACCAUCGAUCCUGCAGUUUCCAAAGAAAUGGCUGCGGCUGCAGAGAAGAUGGGGGCCGUUUUUAUGGAUGCACCAGUAUCAGGAGGUGUCGGCGCUGCCAGCUCGGGUAAACUGACUUUCAUGGUCGGAGGAGCAGAGGAGGAAUUUACUGCUGCCAAAGAGCUGCUCAGCUGCAUGGGAGCGAAUGUGGUCUACUGUGGUCAAGUUGGAACCGGACAGGCUGCUAAAAUCUGUAACAACAUGCUCUUAGCUAUUGGAAUGAUUGGGACGUCAGAAACGAUGAACUUGGGAAUCAGACUUGGCCUGGAUCCAAAACUUCUGGCCAAAAUCCUGAACAUGAGUUCAGGCCGGUGUUGGUCCAGCGACACUUACAACCCGGUGCCGGGAGUCAUGGAGGGCGUCCCCUCGGGAAACAACUACCAGGGAGGCUUUGGCACGCAGCUCAUGGCGAAGGACUUGGGCCUCGCGCAGAACACAGCCACCAACACAAAGACCCCGGUCCCGCUGGGCUCCCUGGCCCAUCAGAUCUACCGUAUGAUGUGCGCGCGCGGCUACGCCAGUAAAGACUUCUCCUCCGUAUUCCAGUUCCUGCGCGAGGAGGAGGGCCAGUGAAGUCCGCCUCCACUCCGUCCACAGCCUUUUCUGCCAUGCCCAGCCGUGCACAGGACUAACGUAGCAUAGUCAGGGUGCGUUUCACCACAGGGAGCUCUUUCUUUUUCCCCGAGGUGUCGUGAAAGAAAUGAAGGCCGGAGAGCUCCCCACACUGUGUGACAGCUAACGAGAUCUCCUCUCUCUCUCUCUCUCUCGUGAGAAAUCACGCAUAUAUUGAUAUAGAUUUUUAGGGAAAGAAAAGAAAUCACGAAACACUCCGAUUGUCAGGUUUUAGGAAAUGUUUGUUCAGCUCCCCGGUCACUGUCUCUGCAGGCUGCACCACUACAAACAGUUCAGUCUGUCACAUAUUUAUCAUUUGUUUGUCAUUUCUUUAUGCUGUUGUUUUUUUUUUUUCCUGUUUUUGUUUUUCUCUGGUCAUAGGGGACAUGACUUUGGAAUUGUUACUCUGUGUGUCAUAUCAUUACUGAUUAAUAAAUAAGG